AUGGACAUAGAGAUUCUUCAUGACCUAAAAUACGAAUUAUUCAUAUUUCCAAUCAGAAGCAAAUUUUUAGGGAUUACAUUAUUUGGUGGCACAGUCUUACUGAAUAGUUCAUUGUUUGAUAGAGAUGAAGAUUUAUCUAGGUGUUUCCAAAAAAUUACUUUUGUACACGAAAUAGCACAUUUAAUUAGAAGAAGGUCAAACAAUGGAUUCUAUGAUGCAAAAAUUAAAACACCAAAUGUUUCUGGAAUGCUGACUCCUGGAUCUCCAGGAUAUAUUAAUGCAAAUGAGGCAAUGAUGUGUGAUGAAGGAGGCCAACAAUUAGAGAGAGAGCUUUUUGGAUUUUAUGUGACAGAAGUUAAUAUGAAUCAUAUUAAAUAUAUCAAUAAAAAUGCUAACUGAAAUAAAGAACUUCCUGAUUUCAAAGAUGGUUUGGCUAAUAUGUUUGAUGAAACACUUUUUACCUAUCAUUAUUGUAGAGCAGAAGACUUGCUCUAUAGAAUUGAUAGACUCUCACACAGCGAAGCUUAG